UGUCAAAUUGACAUUUUCAUCGUCGUUUACCGUCGAUUUCCAAAUCAAACAAUUCUUUGCGCGCGUUUUGUUUAUUACUUAAACUAUUAAAUUAACUUUAUUUAAAAUGAAUGACGACGAUGUGAUAUUAAUGGAAGUAGACGAAACAGAACCAAAAGUCGAAAAAGCGGUUGUGGGGCCGAGUAAACCACUUGGAUUGCUACCAUGGAUAGAAAAGUACAGGCCGCAAACUUUUGAAGACAUUGUCGGCAACGAGGACACUGUGUCGCGAUUGGCGGUGUUCGCGCGCACGGGCAACGCGCCUAACAUCAUAAUCGCAGGUCCUCCAGGUGUCGGCAAGACGACAACGAUCUUAUGCCUAGCUCGAGCUCUGCUCGGUGCAGCAUUCCGCGACGCUGUGCUCGAGCUGAACGCGUCCAACGACCGCGGCAUUGACGUCGUACGCAAUAAAAUUAAAAUGUUCGCACAACAAAAGGUGACGCUGCCUGCCGGGCGGCACAAGAUAGUGAUCCUGGACGAGGCGGACAGCAUGACGGAAGGGGCGCAGCAGGCGCUGCGGCGCACCAUGGAACUGUACGCCAACACGACGCGGUUUGCGCUCGCUGCCAACAACAGCGAGCGCAUCAUCGAGCCCAUACAGUCUCGCUGCGCCGUGCUGCGCUACUCGCGGCUCACCGACGCACAGAUACUCGCCAAGGUAAUAGAAGUGUGCAGGAAGGAAGAUUUAUCAUACACAGAGGAGGGUGUGAAUGCAGUAGUGUUCACAGCGCAGGGUGAUUUGCGUUCGGCACUCAACAACCUGCAGGCGACAGCGCAGGCCGGCCGCCACGUUAGCCCCGAUAACGUUUUCCGUGUGUGUGAUGAGCCGCACCCCAUGCUGGUGCGCACCAUGCUGGAGGCCUGGCUUACAAGGUGCUGCACUAUCAUCACUGUUAUAUUACUAUUUGCAGUGAUAGCGAAGCUCAUAAAGCAGGGAUAUGCUGCAGAGGACAUAGUGAGCAACAUAUUCCGCGUGUGCAAGACGCUGGCAGUGGGGGAGGAGCUGCGGCUGGGGCUAAGAUGA